CUUGAGAGAGAUUAAUUUCUGCUUCAUGUUUCAUCUCCUUCCUCCCACCCUUCCCCCCCUUCCCCUUGGUUCAUCAACUUCCCCUCCUCUUCCCAUUUUUCUACCUUUUUUUUUAUCUUCUAAGAUGGUGAGACCACCAUGUUGUGAUAAACUGAAUGUGAAGAGGGGUCUUUGGACAGCAGAGGAGGAUGCAAAGAUACUUGCCCAUGUAUCAAAACAUGGGACGGGCAACUGGACAGCAGUUCCCAAAAAAGCAGGACUGAGAAGAUGCGGGAAGAGUUGCAGGCUAAGGUGGACUAAUUAUUUGAGGCCUGAUCUGAAGCAUGAGAGCUUUACACCCCAAGAAGAGGAGUUGAUUGUUAGACUUCAUGCAACCAUAGGCAGCAGGUGGUCUAUAAUAGCCCAACAGCUUCCUGGGAGAACAGAUAAUGACGUAAAGAACUACUGGAACUCCAAGCUGAGAAAGAAGCUCUCUGAAAUGGGGAUUGAUCCCAUUACCCAUAAACCCUUCUCUCAGAUCCUUGCUGAUUAUGGAAACAUUGGAGGCCUCCCAAAGAAUGGAACCCGAAUUGGGUCUCUCACCAGAGACUUGAAGAAUGCUCUCAUGUUGAAAUCAGACCAAUCAUCAGCAAUCACUUCAGAAGAAUUCUCAAAACCAGAAGCAGCUCAAGAAAUCUUCUUGACCAACAAUCGUAACAGCCACGAUAACCCGUCAAUGAAUCUUCUCACUCAGCUUAAAGCCAUAAAACUGGUCACAGAAGCCUCAAGUUGCAUCCACCAUGGAAACAUCUCUUCAUUGUCGUCACCAACAUCAUCUUCUACAUGCUUGACCCCAAAAGCAAAGUCACUCCAUACAUUUAGCUGGAGCGACUUCCUUCUAGAGGAUGCAUUUUUACCAUCUGAUCCGCAAGAGCAAGAAAACAUGUCAAAGGGUAACUUGGACCUGCAGAGUGAGCCGAAUGCAGAUGGACAACGGCAAGUUGACCCAAUUGAAGAGAUGACCGACACAGUCCUUAGCAAUGGCGCCUCUGAAGCUUCAUCAUCCUAUGAUAGUUCAUUUCUGGAAGCCAUGCUAGACCGAGAAAACGAUAUGUUCUUGGAGUUCCCUAGCCUUCUGGAGGAACCUUUCUACUACUGAAUUCACACCAAUUAAGUUAAUUUGAUAGAACUAUAAUGUUAGCCCUUCAAGGAAUCACACAUUAGAAUUUGUCUGCUCAAUGGUUUAAGGUAAGUGAACAAUCCGAAUCAUUAAUGUUUCUCUAGAUCAGAUUGUUAAAAAUCAACCCACAAUGCAAUUUGCCUGCAUCAUUACGUUGCGGCUCCGCCAGUUGCCAUGUCUCAUGCGAUAUAGGGGCUGAACUAGCCAAGGGCGCUUUAAGUAAAGUGGUCGGCCGGUUCCAGGAAACGACUAAUUGUGCCUAACCAUAUAGUAAGCUUGGAACGACCCAAUUAUUUACUCAAAGCGGAAUAGAGCAUAAAGCUCACUACAGCUGUUUCAAUCUUAUGAUGUAGAUGCGUAAGGUUGUGAAUCCAACCCCAAUCAUGGGUUAAUUCUCUCAACCAUGGUUGUAUGAGACUCCAGUCAUACUAUCAAAUAUGAAUGACAAUCCUAAUUUUGAACAA